AUGUACAAAGUUGUAUCCUGUCUAAGUGGCCGCUGUGCAGGACUCACAGGACAGUCCUGCUGUUCACCCGGUUUGGCCAAAAUUCACCUGGGAAGUGGUGCAGUAUGUCAGAAACCAGCCUUCAAAUACCGUCCUGCAGACGUCCCAGAGAUGCCCUCAUGUACUUUCAAACCAGAGAAAUACAAGGGUAUGUCCAAAGAGCGGAUGAUGGAGAUCCGCAGGCAGAACUGCAACCCGAUGACCAUGAAGAUUACCUAUUAUAAGAAACCAGUGUUCCUCCACCAGGGAUACAUGCAGUGGCUGUGGGAUGUGGACGGGAAACGAUAUCUGGAUCUGUUUGCUGGUGUAGCGACUGUCAGUUUGGGACACUGCCACCCGAAGGUGACAGCAGCUGCACAGAGGCAGUUGGAAAGACUGUGGCAUACUACAAACAUCUACGUCCAUCCCACUCUCCAUGAGUACUGUGAGAAACUAGCCUCCCACUUACCGGAACCUCUUAAGGUGAUAUACCUGACCAACAGCGGCUCAGAAGCUAAUGACCUAGCUAUUCUAAUGGCUCGACUUUACACGGGCAACUUUGACAUCAUCACUUUCAGAGGAUCCUACCACGGUGGCACCCAACCUACCAUGGGUCUGACCUCCAACUCUUCGUAUAAAUACCCCAUUGCCACUGGUUUAGGCUGCGCAAAUACCAUGUGUCCUGAUGUGUUCAGAGGCCCGUGGGGAGGAAGCCACUGCAGGGACUCUCCUGUGCAGACCAUCAGAGAAUGUAGCUGUGCCCAAGGUCAUUGCAUGGCCAAAGACCAAUACAUUGGUCAGCUCAAAGAGACAUUUGCUAGUAGCGUCCCAAGUCGAAUUGCUGGUUUCUUUGCAGAGCCGAUUCAGGGAAUGGGAGGAACUGUGCAGUACCCUAAAAACUACCUCAAGGAGGCUUACCAACUUGUGAGAGACAGAGGAGGGAUCUGCAUCGCUGAUGAGGUCCAGAAUGGAUUUGGGCGAACAGGAAGCCACUUCUGGGGUUUCCAAGGUCACAAUGUCAUUCCUGAUAUGGUUACAAUGGCGAAGGGCAUUGGUAAUGGAUUCCCAAUGGGAGCUGUUGUGACGACACCAGAAAUCGCUGCUUCCUUUGGUAAGGCCCUCCACUUCAACACCUUUGGAGGAAGUCCUUUGGCUUGUGCCGUUGCUUCAGCAGUGCUUGAUACGAUCAAAGAAGAUGGCAUACAGCAGAACACUCUCACUGUGGGCACCUAUCUGCUGACAGGACUGGGAAAACUCAGAGACAAGUAUGAGAUCAUUGGUGAUGUCCGUGGAAAGGGGCUGCAGAUCGGUGUGGAAAUGGUCAAAGACAAGGCCAGCAGAGACCCACUGCCUCCUGAGGCAAUGAGUCAGAUCUUUGAGGACGUCAAGGACAUGGGAGUCCUGAUAGGGAAAACAGGAGUCUACGGACAGAACUUUCGCAUUCAGCCCCCCCUGUGCAUCACAAAGGAGGACGCCGAUUUCUUCCUGGCAGUUUUUGACAAGGCCGUCCACAGCUACAUGGACAGAAACUGAAUAGAUCAGAGUAACUCGAUGCCAAGGACCAAAUCUGGAGACCUGCCCAGCAGUGGCCUGUGUUUUUGAAAAUCUUUUAAAAUGUAAUUAUAAACUUUUGCCUUGGUGUAGCUGUGUAUUAUAUCCUAACUUUUAACUUAACCAUGAUCUGCAUGUUGCAGUUAUAAAUAUGCCUUCACUACAGUCACUCCAGCUCACAUUUGCUUUCUUUCACAUUAAGGUCUGAUAAUGAUUAAACACACUAAGCAUACACCUUAUACAUGUCUUCUGCUGUGUUUAGACCUACUGAAUAAUAUAUAUAUAUUUAGAAUUG